UUCCUGGGUUUCUGCAGCAAAUCUGAUUUACGAAUGGGACCUGAUAGUCAGCGCCUACAGUGCGAACGAACAGCAGAAUCUUGAAAGAACAAGAUUGAAUGCAAAAAAAAAACACAAUUAACAAGGCAGAUCCCUGGCCUGAAACGUUCUCCUGGUAAUCGUGAAUAUAACUGAAGUGGAACGGAAAAUUUGAGAGUUUGGGGCGGGUAAACAUGAUUAUUUCUUUAAAAGAAAACAACAAACUAAGGACCAUGAGUUCAUUUAUCCGAAGUUUUCUCUUUCUCAUGCCUGUUUUUUUUCUGGGGGGUGUGUGGGAUUGUCAUAACUUCGUUGGUCUAUAAGGGAACACAAGCUAAAUGAUAAUAAAACUGAAUGCAAGUUGUAUCUAAAUCCAAAUUAAUCCUCAGGACUGGUGGCUUGGUCUGAUUGACACUAUUGAGGUUCCCACCUUUGAAGGACAUGUGACCUCGACAACAAAUAGAUGAGAACUGGAGAAGAGUUGAUAAAUAAACCUUUGAGCCACCAGGCGAGCUGUACUGCACCGUGAGUAGUCUGGGACCUAUAUCGGGCUCAGAGACCUCUUUAAAGUUGGCCAAACCACCGGAUUCACUGGUCGUACUUUAAAGCAACUUGAGUUCCUUGCUCAGGCACUGGAAAUCUGAUUAACGAUCAAAGAGGAUUGGGUCUAAAUGGAGCGCCGGGUCUCUCUAGGCGGGAAUGCAGGAAAUCCCGCUUCUCUAUUCCAACCCUUUUUGGACGGCCGCUUGCCUUACGGGAGGUUGCAGCACACGCCCAUCCUCCCCAUGGACCAAAUGAAACCCAGCCGCCUGGAAAACGACUACGUGGAGAACCCUGUGACCGUCCAACCCUGCAGGAACGCCAGCCCCCAGAGCAGGUCAGGCCAGCCGCCGGAAUCAACAGCGCUCAGCCCCCGGGAGCCGGGCUGUGAGCACUCUGCCAUGUCCUGGGGCUCUGUGACCGGCCGACCCAGCUCCAUUAGCAGCAGCAGCAGCACCUCUUCCGACCAGCGGCUACUGGACCACGCGGCGCCCCCUCCUGUAGCCGAGCAGCAGGGCUGCCCGAGGGCUGUUCGCUCGCAGCCCAAGUCGCCCCCCAGCAUUAACAAAGGCGUCGACCUCAAAGAGACUUCUCACUGUCAGGAGAGCGGCAAACACGUGGUGUUAUGCGAGGGAUGCGGCAAGUGCAAGUGUAGCCGGUGCAUAUCCCCCAGGACUCUGCCGUUCUGUUGGGUUUGCAGUCAGAGGUGCCUCUGCUCCCCGCAGAAAGUUGUCAACUAUGCCACCUGCAUGUGUCUGGUAACAGGGAUUUUCUACCAUUGCACCAAUGACGAUGAUGAGAGAUCCUGUGCUGACCACCCUUGCUCCUGUUCCCACUCUAACUGUGGUGCCCGCUGGUGUUGCAUGGGGGCCAUGUCUGUGUUCCUGCCCUGUCUGCUCUGCUACCUGCCGGCCACUGGGUGCGUCAAACUCUCCCAAAAGUUUUAUGAUACUGUAAGCCGCCCAGGAUGCCGUUGCAAGAACUCCAACAGUGUGUACUGCAAGGUCCCGGAGGUGUCAGCCUGCAGUGGGGAGAAGCCCUCCUCCUGA